AUGUCAGAUAUUCCGCUCCUCUCGAAAGAGGAACAGCAACAACAGAGAUAUACAGCACCAGAUCAGCUGCCUCCUCAUCAAACUCAACCACAUCCACCGCUAUCACCUAUUCAACCGAGAAGGUCUUCAGCCGGUGGGCAGAAUGGAUUCUACUAUACCAACAUUGACAACAACAACAAUAAUAACAAUAACAAUGGUAAUUACGAUACUUAUGAAUUAAUAAAUUCAUCUAAUAACUCUGGUGUUAUACUACCAGCAUCAAACUUCAAUCAACAAUCGAAUCAGUCCUACCAAACAAUGGACAUUUCAAACACUUCAAACAACAAUACAUCUGCUCUCAAUUUCUCAACCGGUUUUCCACGUCAACCACCAAGCGGGCACAACAGGAUGACCAGAAGCGAGUCCGAGUCAGAGUUGCGUCAAACGCGUGUUUCAUUGUAUGCCGCCGUACCAGAUUCUCCACCAACCUACGAAGAUCUUGGAAUCACACCCCAAACCAACACACUCGAGGCCAAACACACCAUUCAGAAUCACAUGUUUGGCUUUCGUCCCUUUAAAUCAAAGAUUUACAAGAAACGUUUGCAGGAUCGAUCUCUAGAGAUGCAACAGAUGUAUGAAAAUAAUCCAGUCAUUGAAAAAGGUGUAAAUUCAAUUGGAAAUUAUCUUUAUGCAAUCUUUUUGGGUUCUUUAUUUUUCCUUUUAUUCACCUUAAUAAGUUUAAUUUUAUUUGUCACAUAUUUUGGAAUUCCAUAUGGUAAAAUUAUUUGGAAUUUAAAGGAAUUUGUAUUAUGGCCAUUUGGAAAAUACCUUCAAAAAACAAUGCAUACUCAUAAUCCAAGAGAUGGUGAAAGACAACCACUUAGAAAGAGUGUUCAUUUACCAGAUCCAACCAUUUCACUUCGUAUCGGUAUGGUUUUGUACUACUUACUUGCUGCUCCAUUCUUGAUUCUAUUCCAAGGUAUUGUCAUUGUUUUAACAUGGAUGAUCGUGGUUAUGAUUCCUACCUCGAAAAUGCACUCUCAAAUCCUCAAAAACCUGCUUACGAACCCAUUGGCCGUUCGUGUAGAAUAUCAUAUUCCACGUACCGAUUGUGAGAUUAUAUUGUAUCCAGUUGAAGCAAUCAAUCUAUAUUACUAUAAAUUUACUGUUCAUGGAUUAAAUGUUUGUUUAAUCAAUUUAUUACCAUUUGUAAUUUUAUCACUUGUAUUGGGAUACUUUUUAGAAGAUAAAAUUAAUCCAGUUGUAUUGUUUGUAUCUUGUUUGUUGUCUACCAUUCCACUGUCCUAUUAUAAUGGUAUGGCAAUUGCAUCGUUGUCAGCUCAGACCAGUUUUGCAAUGGGUGCUCUUAUCAAUGCUAGUUUUGGUUCAAUUAUAGAGUUGAUUCUCUAUAUUGUUACUAUCAACGGUGCACAAGAAGACGUUGCUCGUUCCGCUAUUACAGGUUCAUUGUUGGGUGCGCUUCUCUUGGUUCCAGGAUUGAGUAUGGUUAUCGGUGGUAUCAAACACAAAGAACAAAGAUUCAAUCCAGCCGUUAUGGGUGUCAGUACUGUCUUGUUGAUGGUUGCCGUCGUCGGAACAUUCACUCCAACCAUCUUUUACAAGAUCUACGGUGGUUACAAUCUACAGUGUACCAAUUGCUUGGACGACGGUGGACAACUCAACUGCCACUCUUGCGAAUACGUACAAAACAGUCUCGAUAGUGAUCCAGUCUACACUGGUAAAGCGAGAACAUUGAUGUACAUCGUAUCGGCAUUCCUCCCAGUUGCCUAUAUUAUUGGUUUACUCUUUACACUCAAGACUCACACUCAUAUCCUCCAUCCAAUCCAAAAAGAAGAAUCUUCUAAUAACAACAACAACAGCACAACCGAUGCUCAUGAUUCACAUGAAUCAGGUGGUGGUGGACACGAAACCGAAGUUCUCUGGGGUAAAACACAAUGUAUUGUCGUACUUUGUUUGUGUACUACUAUGUUUGCACUGGUUUCCGACAAAAUGGUAGAAUCGAUCGAUCCAGUAGUGAAAGCACUCAAUCUAACACACGAGUUCCUUGGUGUUACGAUUCUCGGUAUUAUUCCUUCAGCGGCAGAGUAUCUAAAUGCCAUCCAGUUUGCUCUUCACAACAACAUGCCAUUGGCACUUGAAAUCGGUGCCUCUGCAGCCGUACAAAUCACACUAUUCCAAAUGCCAGUGUUGGUAUAUAUUUGUGCCAUCAUCAACCAUUUGAGUAGCAGUGGAUCGUUCACAUUGAUUUUCCCAGUGAUGGAUUUCUUUGCAGUAUUCUUUAGUGUCGUUGUUAUGAACUUGGUAUUCACCAACGGUAAAACCAACUACUUUAUUGGAUCAAUUCUUGUUAUUGUCUAUUUAAUUAUUGUAGUUGCAUUCUACUUUACACCAGCUUAA